GAUGUCACAUACUAGAAACUCGGUUUAAUCGGGUUUGUUGUUAAAUGAAAUCUUAAUGGAACGUUGAUAUAACUGUCAAGUGUUGAGCAUUAAACAUUCUAAAGCAACAAACUGUAAAUAGAAAAUUAAAAUACUUCGUUGUCGUGUUGUAAUUUAUUUAUGCUUCGAUUAAAAUUAAUAGGUCUCAUUUAAAAAAUGUUGAAAUAGUUAAUUUUAAAAUUGUAUUGAGUUUGUUUUAAGAAUGUAAUAGCUAUAUAGCUAUGCUGGACAACGUCUACACCAAAUCGCACGAAUUCGACAUUCGUAUGUCCAGGGUGGUGCAACUUUAUAGGAGCGUUUUGUACCGUGUAUAGUUCUAUCGUACAACCACCGUUAGCGCUGAUGGUCGUGGGCCAAUCAGCGUUUAGUCCAUAUAUUCCAUAAGAGAUUAAGAGAUAAGUUUAAAGUUAUAAGUUAUAACUGACUUUCUCGGCUCCUUCCUGUCAUUCCGCAAUUCCGCAUUUGAGUAUUUGACUCUCAGCAUUGUGAAUACUACCUAACGUUUUUUAACGUAUACUAUUUUUAUAUUAACAUAAUAUUAUUAUUAUUUUCAAUUAUGCCACCCAAAAAUUCAUCGAAAUGUGUUGUGAAUGAUUGUAAGUCAAAAGAUGUUAUUUGUCACCGAUUUCCGAAUCCAAAAACGGACAUGCAAAGAUUGGUACAGUGGAUGAAUAUAAUAGGCUUGAAGAACUUGGAUCCAGAAUCGGUCUAUAACAAAAAAUUUAUUUGUGAGAAACAUUUUACGAGUGAUUGCUCAAGUCCUGGCACAAAAAGGCUUAAUGCUAAUGCCUACCCUUCAAUCAAUUUGACAAAUUUAAAUGUUGAACUGCCAAUUUACACUCCACCAUCAACGUUAAAUGUGUCUUCUGGCUCUGAAAUUGUAGGAGAUUCUUGUGAACGAUCUGUCCAAUCUCAACUUGAUGAUUCCUGUGUAUCUGGAAUACAUCUAUUAGACACUUCAUUCAUCAACAAUGAUUUAAUAGGAUUAUUAGCAAGCAUUGGUCUUAAAAAUUGCAAACAGCUUACUCCCAAAUGUAAGAUGUUAUAUUCUGUAACAAAUAAGUUGUUAAAAAAGCAACGUCGCUUUAAUGGUGUGAAACAACUAUUUAAGAGUCGGUUACGCGCAGCUGAACAAUUUAGCGAAACUUACUUAAAAAGAAAACUGGCUGAUAAAGUUACCCCUUCUGCCUCGCUGUUUACUCGUCUGCAACUUCGAGAAACUCAAAAGAAGAAAAAGGGCCAUAGAUUUACAUUAGAAGAGAAGUUGUUAAGUCUUUCAAUCUAUAAAAAGAGUCCAAAAUGUUAUAGAUUGCUUUCUAUCAUAUUUACAUUACCUAGCAAACGAACAUUAAAUAAUAUUCUUAGUAGUUUACAUAUUGGCCCGGGAGUUUCCUCUUUAGUGAUGCAUGUUCUAAAAGAGAAUGUUCAAAAACUGAAACCCACGGAGCGGUAUGUUGCAAGUAUUCAAAGACAAUGUAAUGUAUAA